CUGGAGGCCGCGCAGGCUCCCGCGUCGGGUUCGGAGCGGCGUCGGAGCGGCGGAGCCGGCGGGCACGCGGCCGCCCUGGCCCUCGGAAGGAGGACUUCGCGCCGCCGCCGACAGAUGUGCUAACUGCUGGGACAUAUGGUGAACAAGACAGGCCUAACAGGGUUAUUACCGUAAAGCAGGUGUGUGUUGAAGACAACUUACCUGAGAUCAUGUCUGCCUACAAGCGGCUGCUCUCUUCUGGUGAGAACCUUCAGGAAGGCAGCGGGCAGAAGAGAAGGGCCGGGACCUGUGGCCGGAAAGGCCGGGGUGGACAAGCCGUCCAUGUAACAAAACCAGAACAGCGCCAGGUGAGCCCAGUCCCCACCACAAAAGUGGAACCAGUCCCUGUCACCUGGCCACCGUGUGGUGAAGGCUCCGGCCCCGAACCUCAUCCUCAAGCCAGUGGAGAGGAGGACCCUGAUUGCUACAUAGAAUGCAUAAUAACAAGUCAAUUUUCUGAACCCAGCCUGGAAGAUUUUCUUCCUAGGUCCUUGGAAAGCAUAAGCAAAUACUCAGAAGAAGGUCUUUCUCAACAAGUUUAUGCAGCCAGCUCCCUUAUCGAAUGCUCUUUGGAGUACAUGAAAAAUGGAGCAAGGCAAAAGCCCACAGCAUCGAGGGCUGAAGAGGAUCCUGGCCUUGGGUGCUCUGAGCAUGUGGCAGGCAAGAAGCUUCCCGCUGCAGGGGCGCCUGGCCUUGCUUGCCCUCACAGUGGCUGCGCACGGAGGCUGAAGGAUAAGACCGCCCUGCGGAAGCACCUGCUGGUGCACGCGCCCCGGGCGCACGUGUGCGCAGAGUGCGGCCGCGCCUUCUCCGAGAGCUCCAAGCUGGCCCGGCACUUCCUGACGCACACGGGUGAGAAGCCCUUCCGGUGCACCUUCGCGGGCUGUGGGAAGCGCUUCUCCCUGGCCUUCAACCUCCGCACGCACGUGCGCAUCCACACCGGGGAGAAGCGCUUCGCCUGUCCCUUCCCUGGCUGCGGGAAGAGGUUUGUUCAGUCCAACAACCUCAAAGCUCACCUCGGAACUCACGCGAAGGUGAAGCAGGCUCUCUGAGAAAGAACAGGACAGGGUUGUCCGACAGGAUGAGCAUUCGCAGUGAUUGCAGAGAAACACUGCGGCCGUGUAAGGCAGAUUCUUUGUUUUAGUUAGCUGCUCUAUACUUUGUGAUACCGUUUGAAGAGCAUUGAGUACUCUGCUGUGUACUUGCAGCAGAAGUCCAGGGUAAUCUAUUCCCAAAACAUAAUGAACUUGUGCAUGCUGUCUGCAUGAAAACGAUUUUGAAGUUUAUAAUUGUGACUUUUACCUUUUAAAAAUGUACUUUUUGAAAUAGGUGAUUAUCUCAGAAUGAGUAUUUUGCAGUAGAUGGUCAAUCAAUGAAUAGUUUAAAUAAUUUUGAUGAUCUUGAUCAUUGUAUCAAAUUAUAUUGAAAUCGGGGCUGGGGAUUUAGCUCAGCGGCAAAGCGCCUGCCUGGCAAGCGUAAGGUCGUGAGUUCGGUUCCCGGUGCCGGAGAAAAACCAAAAAAAAUAAAUAAAUAAAUAAAAGAAAAAACAAAUUAUAUUGAAAUCGUACAGUUACGAGUGGUUGAUACUGAUAAUUUGAAUUUAUCCUAGAAUUUCAAAAUAAAAGGACAUAAAACAAAA